CUUCAGCUUUAUAGCCCCUGUGACGAGUCUGGGUUACCCCUUCUUGUCUGUGACUGAACUGCAAAAGAGCUUGUUGCUUGUGCAACACGAUAGCCUUACUGUAAAGUAGUUAGUGGUGAGAAAAAAUCAUUUCUGCCUUUACCGAGUUUCUAUUUUUAUUUUCCGACUAGAAUGUUUGCAACUUGAUAUACAAUAUUAUUUUACCUUUCCUGGGAGUUGUUCCGCGUGGGCCGAUGAACGUCUCUUGACUGCGCGCGGUGACCAGUACAGCUGGAUGCGACAGAUCGUCGACAGAAAGUGCCUUCGACAUUCUUACUUGAGCUGCCUGCCUGCACGUCUCCUCCACCGAGCCUGCAACAUUCCCUCCCUUCGCUGUGACAGAAGAUAGAUCAACAUCAGCCCCUGCCCUACCAACUCAUCUUUUUCAGGCUCCGUCGCUGCACUAGAGAAACCCAAGCAGACCGAUUUAACUGCAGAGGUUGGGGGAACUGUCUGGCCACUCUGCCAAAACACAGAGUGCUGACUGACUCAUUCGGGCAAGUUUAGUCAAUACCCAACCCAACGUCUACACCCACUUAAUAUUCUCGCCCAAGCAGUGCCAUCACCCUCGAAAUAGCACCAGUUUCAAUUCUCUUCCCCCGCUACCCCUUCCUUCCCACUACCACCACAUUCAGACGGUCCAUCAGUCCAGCCUGCCUCUGAGCAUGCCCCCGUUGCCCUGUCAGUGGCCUGCACCUGGGACUAACUGAUUGACGAGCGACGUCUCUUGAUUGACAGCUUCUCUGAUAGCUGCCAUCUCCCAAGCAGGGACCACAUCUGGGUUGCAAAUCCACCAGCUCUGCUGCUCUGAAGUCCGCAAGGGCAAACGACUUUCAUUGAUCCACACACCUUUUUUUUUUGCUACACUUUUAGUUGUUUUUCUAGCACACUGAAGAGCCAUUAGAGUAUAGCCUCUCCUUAAACAAGUGGCUAGCUUUACCCCACCCGGCAUUGCUAUGGCUUUAAAUAUUGCUUCGAUGCGAGACACAAAAUGGCUGACGCUGGAGGUGUGCCGGCAGUUCCAGAGGGGGACAUGUUCGCGGAGUGAUGAGGAAUGCAAAUUUGCGCACCCACCCAAAAGCUGCCAGGUGGAGAACGGAAGGGUGAUUGCCUGCUUUGACUCACUAAAGGGCCGAUGCACGCGAGAGAACUGCAAAUACCUCCCCCCGGCCCACCUCAAGACUCAGCUGGAGAUCAACGGCCGCAACAACCUCAUACAACAGAAGACGGCAGCAGCCAUGUUGGCUCAACAGAUGCCUUUCAUGUUCCCUGGCACGACCAUGCAGCCUACCAUGUCGUUUCCUAUUAACCAGGGCCUGGGCUCCAGCCCGGGUCUGAGCUAUGCUCCCUACCUGACCCACAUGACCCACAGCAUGGGCAUGAUGCCCACCGAGAUGCUCCAGCCCAGCACCCAGAGUAUCAUCGUUCCCGGCAGCCCUCCCUGCUCCAUGCAGAGCUCCUCUUCCAACCAGAAGCUGCUACGCACGGACAAGCUGGAGGUGUGCCGGGAGUUCCAGCGGGGCAACUGCGCGCGUGGCGAGACGGACUGCCGCUUCGCUCACCCCAGCGACAGCCCUAUGAUUGACACCAGCGACAACACGGUGACCGUGUGCAUGGACUACAUCAAGUCACGCUGCUCCCGGGAGAAGUGCAAGUACUUCCACCCGCCGGCCCAUCUGCAGGCCAAGAUCAAGGCUGCGCAGCAUCAGGCCAACCAGACAGCCGUGGCCGCACAAGCCGCCGCCAUGACUCAGUCGACUGCCAAAGCAAUGAAGCGACCCCUCGAGGCAACUGUAGAACUGGCGUUCCCCCACGGCUGCCUGCAGCCCCUACCAAAGAGACCAGCGCUUGAGAAGAGCAACGGGGCCAGCUCGCUCUUUCACCCCAGUAUGUUGCACUACCAGCAGGCCUUGGCCAACGCACAGCUGCAGCAGCAGACGGCUUUCUGUGGCUUUCCCACAGGGUCAGUCUUGUGCAUGACUCCUGCUAGCAGCCUUGUACCCAUGAUGUACAGUGCUGCGCCUGCUACUAUCUCUGCAACAACAACUCCUGCCACAAGUGUCCCCUACGCAGCAGCAGCGCCAGCCAAUCAGAUUAUCCUGAAGUAACUGUCAGGAAAGAAAUGGAGUGUCAAGAAGCUGCACUACAAAGCCCAAAACAGCCCUUCUGUACAUACUACCUUCCCCUCCCACUACAGCAACCUGCAUGCUAAGAGUGUAAUACUACCAAUUAACCAUAAGACUUGAGUGCUGGUGUAAGAAGAUACACACAACAAAAAGAUGUAUAUGUAUUGCUAGGAAACUAUUGCCAUGAAAAUUAUGACAAAAAAAUUAUAUGUACUGAACUACAAACACUUAGUGGAGAGAUGGUGACGAGUUCAUUUUAACUAUUGUUUUCUCUGUUAAAGUAAUAUGGGUCCUUUAUAUUUUGUUUUCAAAACGGAACUUCGAUCUGCACAAAUGUUCACCCUUUGAAAACACCUUAUUUGCACUAUAAGAGAACUAGUGCUUAUUGUCAAAAGUGCUUCAUUGUUUUAAACAGGAGAGUCACAGAGAAGCCCUUGGUUGCAACUGGCGCUCCAGACCAAGCUAGAAGGGAUUGUUUAACUUUUUGUUUGUUUUAAUUCUUUUUUUAAAGACAAAUGUUAGGGCAGACUAUAGGCUUAUGUUUACUCAAUGACUGUCCUCUUAACAAUGAUUUGAAUGUGCUCCCCCACCCCCCAUCACCACCACCCCUUUAAAACGGUGUGGUAUGCGCUCCAUAUGAACCACUUGCCAACAUUUAAUCUCUGGAAAACCAACGGCUUGCCAAACGAAAGUCAUCGCGACUGACCGAUUUGACGGACAGAAGCGAUCGGAGUCGAUCUGCAAGGGGACAGACGUGGAACAGCUUUGUGGCCAAAACGUGCAGUCGGGCCUCGUUUUUGUGCACAUCCUGGGGGGGGAAAUAACCUAGAAUUUCAAUUUCUUCUCAUUUUGUUAAAUUUUCAGUUUUAACUUUUGGAUGGGUGCUGACAUUGGCUUGUGGGUGUAUUUGUGUGUAUGUGGUUGGUUGGGUGGGAGCCUCAGAGGGGUCCGUGUUGGGGAGAGUUAUACUGGCAUCAGGGAGUGCUACUAGCCUAUAUGGCUCCGGUUUGUGUGCCAAGGGCUUAACGAAAGCUUGCGGGUGGCUGAGAGCAUGUGGCGGGAGGGAGCCUCAGCCUGAUGGGCCAAGCCAUAGACAUCUGCCAGCAGACUGGAACAGGCAGAGUAAGUCCACCAGCGGCCCCAAAGUCAAGACCACAAGGACAAGGCCUUUGGGGGAGUUAGGGGUGGGGCUAGAAGGAGGGAUAAGGGUGAGAUCGGCUAGGGGUGAAACAAGUGCUACGACUCAAAAAAAAAAAAAAAGAGAAAAAAAAAGGUGCAUUCGAAGAUGCUAGUCAUCGUCGUGAGAUGACUUGAAGUUUUUGACUGGAGGGCUAUCUGUGACUGUCAGUCGUCACCCUGCUAUCGCCGAGAAUCCUGUUUCUAUUUGAGAAAAACUGUAGAAGUGCCUAAAAAUCCUUUAACUUUAAAACAACAAGCAUCUGGAGAAACAUACUUUGUCAAAGAAAAAAUAGGAAUAUACAAAAGGAUGGUUCAAGCAAAGUUCCCAAAAGUAUGUUGACCUAUUUAGAGAAAAGACUAUUCACUUUUCAUGCAGAUGCCAUGGUUAAAGCAGUACCCUAGUGUUAUUGUAAACAUAUAUUUAACACGACAAAAAGUAACUUUCUGAAAAGAAAGUAUAUAAACUAACCAAGAUAGCUUGGUAGAAUGUUUGAUAAAUAUUUCAUGAUGUAAUAUUUUGUUCUUACCAUAGGUUUUUAGUAGUUUACAUUGGAAAAAGUGAUUGAGAAUACAGGAAAUUGUGAUGUGUGUGUGUAAUGUAUGUAACGUGUCUCAUACUUUGAGAGUUUAUAUUCAUGGUUGUAGCAGCAAUGUAUUCAUGUUUAUGUUUUAUGAUGUUAAGCAUCAAGGUAUGUGUGUCACCAGAACAAUCUGUUAUUUUAUGCCAUGAUAUAGUUAAUAGUGUACUAGCAUUGUUUUAAACCAACCUCCACGUUAUUACCUAAUAUGUUUUAUGAGAUGUAUGUAUUUAGACUCUAAAUCACAUUUCUUGAUCCUACACAACCAAUUAUUUACCUUGUAUGUGUGUUCAACAAAAAAGAUCAGAAUCAUGACAUAUUUUCAUGGCGCUUGAUCAACACAGACAAUCCACAACGAGACACCUUUGGUUAAAAAAAUAAUAUGGCACUGGUCUUAGAAUGAUUUUUUUUUCUUUCUUUUUGUUCACUGAGAUUUUCUUCUAUAAAGUUACAGUUUUAAUGUAAUUUUUGGUGUGGAAGGUGAUCGAAGAUAUUUUUUGGUAAUUUAUCGUAUUUUAUUGUUUUGUCAAAUGAGUCAGAAUGAUGUAACCUAUUCUAUUUUGAAAUGAAUGUAAUUUAUUGAGCUGUGCGUCCCAACAGGGUCUGGUCUCUUUAGUCAGCCAAUGAGAUGCAGAUCAGGAGCAAGGGGGUGGAGUCUUAAGAAGCCACCAAUAGAAUGCUACUGGAUCUCCCUUGCCUUGUCAUCAACACAGUUCAUCGCAUUACAGUAAUGAGCAAAGCUUUAGAAUUGCUUAUAUUGUUCAACAAAAAAAAAUAGAAAAGAAAAAAAGAAUGUUAAUUGUAUAGGUGACAUUUUACCCAAAAAAUAAUUUUAAAAAUAUGUACUUUUCACUCUAGUAUUUCAUAACAAUAUUAAGUUGUUGCUGUGGCAACAUAAAGUUGCAAUUACUAAAGUUCUGUAUUUUUGUAAAUUAUCUAAUCGUUAAGUUUACUUUUUUUCUAGAACACUGCACACAUCACUAGAUUGUAAAGCAGAUUUCAACAUUUCUUAUUUGUCGUGAUUAUGACAAUUUUCCUUAGCAGCCUCUAUAAAGGUGUAACUUUAACACUUAAGAUGUAAUAGACAAAGUUACCAAUGAUAUUUAGGAUGAAAUUAUAAAAAAUGAUCUAUUAAUUGAAUAGUUAAGAUGUACAACUUUUCCCCUGAGAAAGGACCACUGGUUUCAUGCACACCAAUGGGAAAAUAUUUAUGAAUGUAGUUUAAAUUGUUUAUCAUCAGUUAAGGAUUGCACUUCUUUUGGUAAAAUAAAACAUUUCAUUAUUACCGAUGGAAAAUUUUAUUAGGUAUGGCAAAGUUACUAUACACCAGUAAUACAGUAAUUCUGUAUAAUAGUCACUACCAGUUCGUAUCACAGAAAUAACCUUUGAACAUCUUGCAUGAGAAAAAAAAAGACAAGUUUUUAUUAAUAAACGAUAACGUACUGAAUGUUUCUAGUUAUACCGAAAAACACAAAAAAUAGUCUGCACAUGAGACAAAAAUUCAAAUUGUCAUCAAAUGGGGUCAUGGUUGUGCCCAAGAGAAUGGAAUUGUGCUGAGAAAUGUAAUUUAUUUAAAUGAAAUGUGUUGACAUUGACUGACUGAUGAUAAGAGUUAAAUAUAUAAGCACUUGGGUCAGCUGAGCAGACACAGCUUAUCCAAACACUUUGCCUUGUCGUUAGUCCAUCAAUGCUUAAGGUUUUAUGUUCCAGCGCUGUUAAAAAUAAACUUUUAAAGGCUGUAAACUGGUCUCUGCUGAACAGACUUUUUUUGUUUAUAUAUAUAAUGCUAAAAUGUAAACUUAAAACUAUUUUUAUUUAUAUACAUAAAUUAAAUUGUUAGAAGUUUUUACUUUUUUGCAUUUUUUAAAGGUGAGGCCAAAAGGAUUGACUGCUGUACAGAAAGCUGUCUUGUGUUCUAAGCCCCGUUCGAAUACUUUAACACACCCUUCCUUACUUACUUUCGGAUCUAACAUUAUUUGGUAGGUGUAAGCAACAGUUCUAUCACAUAGCUUUCCCCAAUCCGGCCAUGUCAGAUUAGGUAUUUCUUCAAGGAAGGAAGGAGGAAGGAACGAUGCAUUUGUUAAAGUAUUGGAACAGGGCCCUAUUAUGUCCUUGUAGAGAGCUUGAUGAUGAGGGCUGUGGCCAACAUGCGAUGCUGAAUGGUCCCUAAAAGGACUGCCGCCAGGGUCGUAUUCACUAGGAAGCAAACGUGCCGAAACAGAAGGGACUAACUGAACUUGUCCAAUAAGAAACGCUUGUUUUCGUUUAACAUUGCAAAACGUUUCGCUACAGUGUGCACUAUUGAAUAUUACCCAGGUAAUCAAUUGACUGCUUUGCCAUCAGAAAUGCAGUAUCCCAUCUACUUUGCAAAAAUAUAUAUAUAGAGAGUAAAAGACCCUCAUUGGAUUUUUAGUUUUGAUGUAACCAUUUUUCAGUUUUCUUUGUGCGUAUAGUUUGUGCUAUUUUAUGUUACUAUAGUCAAAUGUUUUGGUUCCAGCAAGAUAGUGUAAAAUCUAUUGAAAUAAAGAAAAAAUGGAAAGGA